ACCGUGUUACAGGUUCCGUCAAGCCCAGAUAAUUCCACAAAAGGGAAGAGAGGUGGAGCUGAGGGUGGGGCUGUAAGGCUGGGAUCAACUGACGACACCCGGUCGAACUAGCUACAAGCUAACCCAAAGCUAACGCGGAGGUGGGAGCUAAGCUAACGGAGGUAGCAACCUAGCUACAACCGGAGUUAACUGUGCACAACACCAGAGCUUCUGAGUCAGAGAUACGCCGGGCUGACCGCUGGGUAAAACCGGGUGGAACACAGAGGUCUCCCGAGAGCUCCACAAGCCGAUAGUGGGAACCCAGCUCCACCAACAUGUUAUAUUUCAACCCAUUUUCUAAAGUGCAGCUUUAUGUUAAAUGCACUGGGUUUUACCCUAUUACAUUUAAAUGUCAUGGUUAAACAGUACAUGUUAAAAUCUAAGCUCAGCUCGGCAGUGACCUAAAAUACAUAAAUAUAAUUUUACUUACCGAAAAAAAUGAAGUGGAGACUCCUUGGACGCUCUAUUAGUGCAAUUAAUGCCACAGCAAGUCAUUUUGUCCAACAAUUGUACAAAUAAUAUCCAAAAAAGAAUACACACACACAGAGACUCAAAAUCCCGGAACAGUCUCCAGGCCAGACCGAGGCUCUACUGAGGCCUUUCCCGGAGCUAGCUCUGUGGUCACGUGGGUCUGAUGCUCAUUAAUUAUACAGAAUUUUAGGCUUUUAAUACACCUAAACAGAAGAGUGAGAAAAACAUUCACCCCCCUCAGAGUUGUCAUGAGUGUAAACUAGAUCAUUUAAACCUAAAACAUGUUCUGGUACCAGGCUGUAAACAUGUUUAUUUCUGCUGUGAAAUUGGUAUUUUUUAACAUGGGAGUCAAUGAGGAUUUGCUCGCUUCUGACACCAGCCCCUAGUGGAUGAGGGUGGAACUGCAAUUUAUUUCACUUCCGCGUUUGCUUCAAAUUUUCACCCGCAUUGUGGGGGCUUGGUUUGAAGAUAAGUCACACAGCUGAUGUUUGUGUUUCAGGCGGCGUGGACGUCCUCCCCGUCUCCCAUGGCUCUGCAGGUGCUGGGCAUCACCCUGUCCAUGAUGGGCGUCGCCGGCUCCAUGCUUAUCUGCGGUCUGCCUAUGUGGAAGGUCACCGCAUUCAUCGGCACCCAUCUGGUGGUCAUGCAGGUGUUCUGGGAGGGUUUGUGGAUGACGUGUGUCAGCGAGUACACUGGUCAGAUGCAGUGUAAGCUCUACGACGCUCUGAUGGACCUGUCGCCGGACCUCCAGGCUGCUCGAGGACUUAUCUGCAUCAGUCUGUUUCUGGGAUGUCUGGGAUUCCUCAUCUUCCUGCUGGGAGCCCGUUGCACCAACUGCCUGAGACACCCUCGGAUCAAAGCGCGGGUGGUGCUGGGGUCAGGGGCCAUCUUCUGUUUAGCAGCCCUCACCACCAUAGUCGCGGUUUCUUGGACCGCCAACAACAUCAUCAGGGAUUUUCACAACCCCCGAGUCCCCGAGGUGCUGAAGAGAGAGCUGGGAGCAGCGAUUUACAUUGGCUUUGUAACGUCUGGGCUGCUGUUUUGUGGAGGGGUCAUGCUGUGUCUGAGCUGCCCCCCGCAGGGGUCCAGAUUCCCCUCCAGUGGGUACACACGAGCCAAGACCCCCCCACAAAGCAGCUAUGCCAUCAAGAACUAUGUCCCGUCUCAGCCCAGCAGCUCCUCACGAGACUCAUCCCGUCGUCUGGAGAUCAGACGAACCGGCACCACAAUAACUAACGUGUGUGUGUGUGUGUGGUUUUGGGUCAGAUCAGUGCAGCUGAAGGAGGAGAGCACAGAGGAAGCUUUGUUUUCCCGCUGGAGCAGAAUCCGAGGAUUGUUUUGGAACCACGGCGGAGCGAACCGAGGGACUUCCCUCCGCCACCCAGCUGCAGCUGCAGCCAGAGCCUUCUGUUCAGGAAUACCACAGAACUGGUUGAACGGGCAUGCAAACGACACUGCUGCUGCCUCACGUGUGAGCUUUAAACCAACGCCCCGCCCCGCCGGCCUCUCCUGCCAGCGGUUCCUGGUUUGGGAGCCGGGUCUGCACUGGGGAGGAGGACGAGGCAUGAGGAGGCUGCUGGAGCUCGCUGGCUUUGCUGUGGCCCUGACGGGGUGGCUGGCUGCCAUACUGACGCGCUGCCUGGCCCUGUGGACGGUGAGCGGCUCUACGGACAACAUCACCGCGACUCUGCCUGCCUACUGGGAUGGGGUGUGGCUGGAAUGGGAUCACUGGGAUUUGGCCCACGAUGGCAGCCUGCACUGCUCCUUCUACCAGUCCCUCAUGUACCUGUCUGGGAGCUUCCGCACAUGGAGAGCCCUCAUCGCGGCGGCCAUCGGAGCGGGGGGGUUUGCAGCCGUGAUCGGAGGAGUGGGGAUGGUGUGGUUCCCGAGGCGAGGUCAGAUCAAAGUCUUUUCUGGUAGUUUGUUUGUUGUGGCAGGAAUCCUGCUGCUGGUUCCCACAGCCUGGACGUGUCACCACACCAGCCAGCCACUAGAGGGCGGCAUCCUGAUGAGGAGAGCCUGGGGACCAGCUCUGUACCUGGGAUGGAUCUCCUUGGCCCUGAUGCUGGCCGGUGGAGUGUUUCUCACCACCAGGUGUCCCACCGCUGGGGAGCAGGCGGAGCAGCAGGACAACAGAACCGCAGAGGAUGAAGAGAGUCACCCGCUGGGCCGGAUCAACAGAACUACCUUCACACACAGCCAGUACGAACGCAGGUCUGACCCCAUCUGACCCCACGUGGAAAGCCCUCCACGUACGUCUGGUCAUUUCAUCCUGACUGACAACGGGAAUGUCUGGAAGUCUGUCUGUAACACGACCUCGUGACCCCUGGAACCAGCCGCUGCUCAGGCUCUGCACUUAAAGGAGGAAGCGGCGACGAAACGGGUGUGAAACCCGUCAGACGGGAUCCUCAGACACGAAACGUCUGCUUUGUUUCUCCACUCUGGAUUUUUUAUUCACACAGAAAUGUUUAAACUUUGAAUCGAACAUUUUUUCCUCACGAUUCCUAAAAUGUAAACAUAAACGACGUCUGUCAGAACACACACUCGUCCAUCAUCACGCGUGUUUAACACCAGGAGCCAUAAAACACUCGUUCUGCUUUCACUUUCUGACACGUUUUCACCAAAAGCUUCUUUUCUUCAGGACUCUGUAGUUUUGUGACUCUUUGCUAAUAAAUCCACGUUUUGUC